AACAGUUAAGCAAGAGGAGACAUGCUGUAUACAGACCUCAGACUGAGGAUACUGAUGCUGAUAUGGAUUACAGUGGUGCUUUUUAAUAAAACUGCAGAUUCUGUACAUACAAACAUCAUCAAUCAGUCGGACCCGUUUAUCUCUGCCCGUGUCGGUGAUAACGUGACUCUGCAGUGCUUUCGACUGGGAGAGAAAAGCACUGAAGCCAUUUACUGGUUCAAGCAAAAAGUCGGACAUGAGCCUCGGGUAAUGGUCAAAGUUCAUCAUGAAGCCAGUUAUGAAGAUGAGUUCAAGCCACCGAAAUUCACCAUUGAGAAAGAAAAAAAGAGCUGCCAUUUAAAAAUUGCGAAUGUGGAACCAUCAGACGAAGCCGUGUAUUACUGCGGCAUAGUAAGUUACAUAAAAGAAUUUGGACAAGGAACAUUUUUAGCAGUGAAAGGUACUGAAGAUGUAAAAGUGAGUGUGAGGCAGACCGGCGUGUUGGACUCGGUUCCUGCAGGAGCCUCAGUGACUCUGCAGUGCUCGGUUCUCUCUGAGAGCAGAGCAGCAGAACUCCAAGUGCUCUGGUUCAGAGCUGCUCCACCACAAUCCCAUCCUCAAAUCAUUUACACUCAUCACAACAGCAGCCGUCAGUGUGAGAGCGGCUCUUCUACACACACCUGUGUGUACAACUUCUCCAAGAACAUCCUCAGCCUCAAUGAUACUGGAACUUACUACUGCGCUGUGCUUCUGUGUGGGAAGAUCAUCUUCGGGAACGGGACACGUAUACAGAUGGAGAGAUCUGUGGGUCCUGAAGUGAUCUGCCUCUCUGUAGCUUUAGGAGUGUGUAUGGUUGUGAUCUUCACUUUGACCUUCGUCUUAAGCUAUGAAGAGAGAAACAGUGAAAGACACAAAGUGAGAUUAAAACCAGGUUCUGUGACAGACCAGAUUCUCAAACAGGACUGUGACACUGUCGAGCCGAAUUACGCUGCUUUACAUUUCAAUGACCGGAGAGUGAAAAGAGGAAGAGUCAGAAAACAAGAAGAUAUUAUCUAUUCUGAUGUUCGAGGUCUUUCUAUAACUUAGAUUAGAUCUCUACUAUGAUUCAGUGUCAUUAUUUCUGUUCUCAGGGUUAAUUGUUACUGCAGCUGAAUCUUUUUAUAAUGAUUGUUGAUCUUUAUAUUUGUUUGUUUGUUUGCUUUUGUACUUUAAAAAAAAGAAAAUCUCCCACAUUGUGCAAGGAAUGAAACACAUGAUGUUGUGCUGUUGGUGGAAAUAAUCAGCGAUGUUGAGGUAUGAUGCAGCCGGACAUUACGACCCCAAAGGCAUUUGAGGUCAUUUGAGGGCACAACAUUUGAGGGCAGAAAUAAACAGUGUGAGAUAAUUAA